UUCACUUCCGACCGUCAGUGUCAUCUAUCUGGCGUCUACCUCUGGCUUGCCUUUUUUUUUUUUUCACGGGAGUGGGUUUGAAAGAAGCUAGCUCUAAUUUGGCUCAUAAUCUAUUUUAAAAAAUAAGAAUUUGGGUGGGUUUCGAGACACAUUUCAACGGAAAGACACCGGAGAGCAUGUCAGAUUUCGACAGCAACCCGUUCGCGGAACCGGAGAUCAACCACCCGUUUCAGGAUCCAUCAGUGACACAAGUACGCCAGGCUGCUCCUCCGGGGCUGGAGGAGUACAAUCCCUUCACAGAUGCCAAACCAAUGCCUCCGGGUAUGGCGCCCAAGGCCGCGCCGCCCGCCAUGAACACGCAACCCGCCAUCAUGAAACCCACGGAGGAGCCUCCGGCCUACACGCAGUCUCGGGCGCAGGACCAGUCGGGAGCAGCAGCUGAGCUGUUGAGGAGACAGGAGGAGCUGGAGAGGAAAGCUGCCGAGCUGGACCGCCGGGAGAGAGAAAUGCAGUCUUUCAGCGCUUCAGGAGGCAGGCAAAACAACUGGCCCCCCCUCCCGGAGAAGUUACCCGUGGGACCCUGUUUCUAUCACGACAUCACCGUGGACAUUCCUGUCGAGUUCCAGAAGACGGUCAAGAUUAUGUACUACCUCUGGAUGUUUCACACGGGGACGCUGCUGGCCAACAUGGUGGGCUGCCUGGCCUGGUUCUGCGUGGACACGGUGCGCGGGGUGGACUUCGGCCUGUCCAUCCUCUGGUUCAUUCUCUUCACGCCGUGUUCGUUCAUCUGUUGGUACAGACCGCUUUAUGGAGCGUUCAGGAGUGACAGCUCAUUCAGGUUUUUUGCGUUCUUCUUCGUGUACAUCUGUCAGUUUGGCGUCUACUUGUUCCAGUGCAUCGGCAUCACGAGUUGGGGCGCCAGCGGGUGGAUCUCCGCUUUGACCGGCCUGAAUCGCAGCAUCCCAGUGGGCAUCAUAAUGAUCCUCAUCGCUGCCCUCUUUACCUCAGAGGCCGUCCUGUCCCUCAUCAUGUUCAAAAAGGUCCACGGGAUGUACCGGACCACCGGGGCCAGCUUUGCGAAGGCCCAGCAGGAGUUCGCCACGGGCGUCAUGUCCAACAAGACGGUCCAGACGGCCGCUGCGACCGCCGCCACCAGGGCUGCACAGGAGAGCUUCAAGGAGCAGAUCUGAUUGGCUCAGAGAGCGCCCUCAUCUCCCCGUCCUCAUCUCCCCACCCUCUUCUGCUCACACCCAGCUUCCACUUGAGCCAACUGCCCUGGAGAGUGUGUGUGGGUGUGUGCUUGUGUGUGUAUGCUUUUGUGCCUCUUUUAAAUGUCGGGUCCGUCCUCUGUAGACAUCUUGUAAUGCAACUGAAGUCCGACUUUCUAUCGUCAUUUGGGCAUUUACCCCUUAAAAUCGUCCCCAGCGAUCCUUCCCCUGAUUCAUCAGCCUAUUCGCCCACUUCCUAUUUUUAGAUGAAUUAAUUACUGGACAAAUGGAAGUCACGUAGUACUCUCUAGUUUUCUGUUAAUGCACACAUGCAGUGGCACUCUCUCGGUUCGCUUGGCUGCUUUCCAUGAGUUCAUGGUGUAGCUCUGCUGCCCCCUGGUGGAGCGACCACGUAUUGCUGAAGAUGAAUGCUGUGCAUUCCAGUUCUCUGCCUGCCUGCUGUUUUUUUUGUUUUUUUUAGCAUGCGCGUAAUCUUACGAUCUUAAAGUCGUGCUUCCCAAAAUCGUUCAAAUAUCUCAUUAUCAAACAUCUCAAUAUCAAACAUCUCAAUAUCAAACAUCUCAUUAUCAAACAUCUCAAUAUCAAACAUCUCAUUAUAAAACAUCUCAAUAUCAAACAUCUCAUUAUCCCAGGAAACAUCAUCUCAAAUUGUUCCUGCAAAGAUAUUCAACGCACAGCGAUGCGCCACUUUGGUUCAAACCGAGACAUAAAAAAUAAAAAAAAGAAGUUAUCACCGUGAGAGUUUGUGCAUGUGCUCCUGAUCCCCAGAGGGUGAUCCCCCGUGACUCCUCCUUCUAGCGCCAUUCCCCACAACGUGGUCACCGUCUAACGCACGUCGUACCUGCUGAGCAACAACAGAAUAACGACUGGAGUCGUACAUCAGUGUUUUAAAUGAAUUUGAGAUAUUUUGCCCGUAACGGUCUAUGUAUCUAUUAUGAACGUACGCCGCCAAGUUGCACUUUAAAUCUUUGUCUGCACACUGUAAUCCGUGCAAACGGAAAGGAUACCUAUAAAAAAAAUGUCCGCUCGCCUUCCCGCUCAUUACUUCUGACAUUUCAAGUUCAGCAUCGUCUUCACGCGAAGCCUCCAUUCUUGUGUAGUUUCCUAAGAAGUAAAUUGAAACUGACACUGUUGACGUACAGUCAAGAGAUAUAUCCUGGGUUACCGAUGCAUGUUCAUACAGCUGUUUGUUUUCUAAAGAGGAAAGUGCAACUCGUCUCCAGCGUGGAGAAUUACCUCAGUGUUGACUCAGGAUGUUCACGCAUCACGAGGUGAAAAGAUGAUCUGCGAUUGUGUGAAAUUGGACCCGUAACUGGCCCCCGGUUUUAAAUACAUGUGAUUUAAAUCAAUAUAUACAUAUAUGUAUGCGUGUGUGUGUGGAUGUAUGUGUGUUUAUAAAUAUAUAUAUAUAGGUGUGUAUAUAUUUUUGUAUAUGUAUGUAUGUACAUAUAUAUAUAUAUGUGUAUAUAUUUUUAUGUGUGUAUGUAUGUACAUAUAUAUAUUAGGGCUGUCAAUCGAUUAAAAAAAUUUAACUAAUUAAUCGCACAUUUUGAAAUUGCGAUUAAUUAAUCGCAAUUAAAAGUUAAAAGUUCAUUCUUUUUAAAGACCAAACUUCACACAGAGCUGUGUUUCAAAGAGGCUCCUACCUAUAAAGUGCCAGCGAGGUAUUUAAUAUUGUGGAUGAUAAAUUGUUUCUUCAGUGAAACAUCAGAUUAGUAAAAAAAAAAAAUAUAUUGAGACCCCAUUGGUCCUGUCAUCUUUAACACUGAACAGCAGAACCAGUGGCCUUGGUAACUGACUGACAUUCAAAUAUGUCACGUUAACCCUCUGGAGGCUGGGGGCAUUUUAUACAUUUUACAACAACAACUAAAUUCACCUUUUAAAGGCGUUUUCAUAUGACACAUACCCACGUGUUCUACAUCAAACAUUCCAGAACAAUCUCAGCUCUAUUCAAUGAGGCUCAGUUGUCCUGGUGCCGUGUUCUCUGCUCUCUGACUGACAGGCUGCUAUAGAGCCUCACCCGUGAGGUGGGAGGUCCUUUGUGAUUUACUGGGUGUUCAUUGGUUGGUUUUUUCCCAAAAUGUUGACAGACAAACGGAUUGACCAAUCACGUUGAAGGUUUCGUGUGACGAGUUCUUUCCGCGCCGCGUCCCCCGACACGUCGCCCUCCGUUCCUCUGUGUAUCAGAGGGGGAGACGGGAGGAAGGAGGAGCAGGAGGAAACCCGACUGAUUCAUCCACGAGUUAAACUGAUUUCUGCUUCUUAUUUUCGCGGAAAAAUAAUUGUUUUAAAAACGGAAACAGUGUUAAACCGCACUGCCGCGGUUUGACACUCGGAAGUAAACAAAGUUGCGUUAAUUGCGUUAAAAUAUUUUAGUGCGUUAACUCGGCCAAAUUAAUCGCAUAGAUUAACGCGUUAACGCUGACAGCCCUAAUAUAUAUAUAUAUGUGUGUAUAUAUUUUUAUAUAUGUGUAUGUAUAUACACAUAUGUGUGUGUGUGUAUAUAUUAUGUGUAUAUAUAUGUGUGUGUGUGUGUGUAUAUAUAUGUGUGUAUAUAUAUAUUAUGUGUGUAUAUAUGUAUGUGUAUGUAUACAUGUGUAUAUAUGUAUACAUGCAUAUGACAAACAAAUGGAGCCAGUAAUGUUGAGGUGGUUUUCUGAUAGUUUGCAUAUUCAUCAUUUGACAAUUGUGGCUCGACUUUCUCUGAACUCCAGAAAUCAAAUCUGACGCUAAUUAUUUUUUUUACGGUCCAUUUCAUUUCCAGUAUGUUGUCCAUUAAAAAUAAAAAGGUUUCCUUUAUGUGUGCAAAGCGGUUUGAAUGCAUCUGAUCUCUUCGUUUAAAACCAGUUCAGCCUUUGUGUGUAUUUGAUGUGCAGGAGUGUAAAUAGAGGGCAUUUUGGGCCUUUAAGUCUUAACCUGUGUGCGGAGCAGAGUCCGGCUGGGGGUCUGGGGUCCUUCUUGACUUCUUUUCUUCAAAGAUUCCUGCUACAUUCCUUGUUUAGUUCUCUUACUCACUUCUCCUUUUUUUGUAUUUCACACUGGUUUGAUUUUAACCGGUGCCUGUUGUAUUCCUCAGUACAUUUAUUUUACAAAACAACAUGAGAUUGUUUCCUUCAAAAGAAUCAAACCGAGUGGCACUCUCCAGUAUUUCGCUGUUUAUUAUUGAUUUGCUUAAAACAAAAAACAAAAACCCUGUAAAAUGUGAGCUGUGUGACGUGCUGUAGGUGGGAUGUGGCUUCAAGCUGUGCUUUCAUGGUCAACAUGGUGGUAGAAACACUUGGCAAUUAACUCAUGAGCAUCUCUUAACUAUAUAAAAAAAUAAUUAAAUUAUUGAAGCAUAAAUAGUACGGGAUGUUUGUAUAUUUUGUACUAUUAUGGGCUAUCUGCGCUACGAUUGGUGUAAUUUAAAGAUGCACUCUGGUUUGACCUUCAGUCGCAUGUUGAGUAGUUUUGAGUUUUGUAUAUUUAUUGUAUUAACACUGAAUAAAACUUCUUCUGUAUGUG